CCACGAUCAAAAAUUUUGCCCUCACUCUAGCUAUGUCUAUACUCUUGACUAUGAAUUUAAAAAUUGCAUCAAAGAUGUAAUAUCUCUCUUCUUAUUUCCCUUUUAGGGAUCUUGCAGCUCGAAAUGUUUUAAUUGAUGAAAAUAAGACUUUAAAGAUUUCAGACUUUGGUUUAUCUAGAACUGGUAUUUAUGUAAACACUAAAAGAAAAAAAGUUCCUCUGCGGUGGUUGUCAGUUGAAGCAAUGAGAGAUAACUUAUAUUCCAGUAAAAGUGAUGUAUGGGCAUUUGCCAUUGUGUUGUGGGAGAUUGGCACGUUAGGUGGCUUUCCAUACCCCACUGUGGCUGACAUGAAUCUCUUAUCAUUCUUAAUGGAUGGCAAACGCUUGGAGAAACCUGAUAACUGUUCAGACGAAUUGUAUUCUCUAAUGCUGCAAUGCUGGGCAUACUCUCCUGAUGCAAGACCAUCUUUUGCUGAAUUAGUGGAACACCUUGAUUCUGUCACAUGUCGCAAGCGUGUUUAUGUAGACUUUUCAAAUCUAAGCCCAAACUACACAUUCCCUCCAACAGAACAACAAACAUAAAAUAUUCCUUGUAAUGGAAGAUAGCAAAAUCCACAAUCUACAAAAAUUCAACAAUCUACCAUUGAACAACCUGCAAUUCUGGAAUAAAUAUAAUUAUUUCCUUUAGUUUCUUUUCCUAAUGGGAAAACCUCCAUCUAAAGCCACUCUUCAUUUUUGGUUUUGAUUUGUUUUGUAUUAAUAAGCAUUUAGGGAUUAAUGUAUCAGUUUCCAAACACCAAUGUUGUGACAAAGUUUUAUCUUUAAGAAAAUGGGACCAAUAAUUUGUUUAAGAAUGUAGAAC